AUGGCGACCGAGAACAAGCCCUUUGCAUUGGUGGCCUUGGUACACCCCAAGAGCACCGAGAGCCGGAAUAAGGCCCUUAAACUCAACGCCGCCGUGACGCCCUUCUUCCGACAAGCCAGCACGCAAUGCACGACACGCAGCAUCUUCACGCCGGCGACGCGCCCGAAAGCGAACAUGGGCAUGGUGCCGGCUGCCGAGAAGGGGACCAUGUUUGGAGUGGUGGAGAUCUGGACGUCGCAGGCCGCGUUCGACGCCAUCAAGGCCGGCCCCGAGUACAAGCAGUACCACGCGACCGUGGCGCGUGAGGGCCUGUACAGCGCCGAUACGGACAUGGACCUCUCCGAGUGGACGCCCUGCGCCGGGUUUGUGGCGCGUCAGGGCGAGAAGGAGACGCCCAAGGCCGGCAUCGUCAUGUUAGCCAAGUUUGUGUGCAAGGAUGGUGAAGCGUCGAAGGACGGGCUGGUGGGUGUGAUUGGAAAAUUCUGCGACUGGGUCGAAGCCAAUGAGUUCGGCACCCUGACUUACUGCGUGAUGGCCAGCAAGACGGCGCCUAACGAGGUGCUCCUGUUCGAGCGCUACAAGGACCUCGCGGCGCUGGGUGUGCACGGCAAAACCGCCGAGUUUAGAGCCAUGUUCAAAGGAACAGGCCGCUUCAUCCAGGUGAAGAAGACGGUGCUGAGCGAGUGGGAAGAGCUGGACGGGUCGUUCGUCUCGAACCAGCCGGGUGGCGCUGGCGUUGGAGGAGUGGCGAAGCUGUAA